AUGGCUCUUGUUUAUAAAGUGUUGAAAGGUAAAUGCAUUAAAAAACCUAUUAAAGGUAAAAAUGCAAGAGAUGAGGACACAGAGAGUAAGGUUAGUAGUUUUAACUUCAACUCGGAGACUGAAGGCGAUUCAGAGGAGCCAAGUAAAAAGGGGAGGAACAAGGCGAAGAGGAAAAUGAUUGUGGUUGAUUCAGAUAUUUUAGAGUCUGAGGCCGAGUCCUUUGAAGGUAAAUUCAUCAAAAAUAAGAAAGGGAAAGACACCGACAAGCAAACCCAGGGGAAGAAGAACAUCAACAAGCGAGGGAACAAAGAUAUUAAUCAAAUUUUGAUUAAUUUUGAUAAAGAGGCAGAGGAGAAUAAAAAUGAUGAUGGGAAGGAUAAGGAGGGGGAAGAGAUGUCGGUUGUGGGCAACAAUGAGGAUUUGAACACUGAAGGUCUGCAUAAAGAGGAUCAAGAGGACAAAAGGGGUAAAUCUAGGGAUUGUGCUAGAGAAAAUGAGAGUAUUAAGGGUUUAUGUGACACCGUCAACACAAUGGUGAAAGACAUUGGCAGCCUAAAGAAAGAUAUGAAUGUUGUUAAAAGAGAACGAUAG